GCUUCCGAUCAAACGCCAGUGGGGUAUGGCUAUCGAGAGGAGAUGCACAACAUCAAGCCAGUGCUGCUCAGUCUCGAGCAAUAUAUUCAGCUACCACGAAAGCUGGAUUGUUUUCUCGACUGUAAAGAGGGAGUUGCAUAUGUUGUCUAUCAUUUGAUCUAUUUGUGUUCUCACAAAUGAUUAUCACUUUCCGCUUCCUCGUUUCUAGGUACCUUGGCAGCACAAACCCCUCAUUGCUCCCAGCAACAACAUCUGAGUAUCGUACUCGUCCUCUGUAUCUGGUAUAUCCCUGAGGUAAUCCCCAGUAAUCCCCAAUUUCUACAUGCUACACUAUACUCACGCUAUCAUUUACCUAUAUAUGAAAUUGCCCGCCUAUUCAUUAACUUGGUUCAUCCUAUCCUCAUCGCAGCUCAUUCACUCUCCUCCAGCUCGGCUAAGCAUUUUCAAGAAAACAAACUUAAAGGAAUAAAAUUCAUCACCAUGUUUCGCACAAUCGACAAUAUUGCGACAGGAACUAAUCCAGAAGAUCGAGUCAAAAAACUCGAGGCACAAGUCGCACAGCUUCAGAAGACGGUAGAAGACCUACAAAAGCGUGUGGUAGAGAUGGAGAAAUCUGGGGAUGUGGAUGAACUUGAUCUCAUGAAGAUCCUCGAACAGGCAGGCUUUGAUACAAACGUACCUGAGCCUUCUGCUGAAAAUCCAGAAGAACUUCAGAUGGAAAAAUGAUUGGUUUCUUCACUUGAACGUCUGGUUCAGGAGCCUAAUGAGAGGCAUAAGGAUGUACAUCAGGUUGGACCUUUGGCCUCCCCUGUACACAUUCAUCAGUUAUUAAAAGAGUAGCUCUUUGUCUAUGUGCAUGAUGAAGCAGGCUAUUCGAGAACCAAUUUGAAGGAAUUUAUGC